AUGCAGAGCUCGAGCCCACAGUCGGCUGCCGGCAAGGAACGCCAGCUCAAGCCGCUCAGCUGCUCCAACUGCCGCCAGCGCAAGGUCAAGUGCAGCAAGGUGCACCCUUGUCCGCAGCGCCCGCGCCAGAACCGCCAGCAUGAGCUCCUGGACAGGCUGGCCAAGCUCGAGGAGAUCGUGGGCAAGGUCGACCCGGCGUCGCUGAGCGCGCUCAAGCCAGCUGCCUCAACCUCGGCAGCCUCGACUGCGACGUCGACAUCCCAGCAACCACAGGCUGCGCAAGAGGAUUUCAGCCAAGGUCAGGGGAGCCGCGAGCAGGCUGAGGACAGAAGCGCAAGUCUGUCUCCGUCCAAGGAUGAUCCGGCAGCGAAGUAUCUGAGCGGAGAGUUCUGGUCGAACCUGUGCGGCGAGGUGGAGGGUCUGAAGCAGGCGCUGGCUCAGACAUCUAGCGACACAGACGAUGAAGAGGAUGCCGGCACAGAGUCUACGCCAGACUCCCAGGGGCAGUCGGUGAACUCGCCCGGACAGGCAACUGGAGCAGCCGUGUUUGGCAAUGCCAAUGCAUUUGGUUCAGUCUCACUGACUCAUCCUGAGACAGAACAGAUCCUGCAACUAUCUGCUGUCUACUGGUACAAUGUAGAUCCGCUGUUCAAGAUCUUGCAUAGGCCAACCAUGGAGAGUGGGCUGGAGCGAUUUGCGCGAUCUCCAGAUCUCUUCCCCGUUGAUCGUGCCACAGAAGCGCUGUAUUUCUCGAUGUACUUUGCUGCAGUUACAAGUCUCAGUCCUGCAAGCUUAGAAGUGGCAUUGGCGAAGGCGGACUAUCUCAAUAGUACACAACUCGAGUUGUUCCAAGCACUCGCUCUAUAUGUCGCCAUUGGUCUCCAUCGCGAUGGUGCUGGCCUCGCCUUCUCACCAUAUGAGGCCGAGCUGCGGCGUAGACUCUGGUGGCAGAUUGUUGUACUGGACGUCCGAGGCGUGGAAGACCGUGGUACAGAGGCCAUGAUAUCUAUCGACUCCUACAACACACGCUUACCCACAAAUAUAUCGGAUGCUGACUUCGGACCCGAUUCUACGGCACCGCUCGUUGACCAGGAGGGUCCUACAGACACCACCUUCAGUCUGUGCACGUCUAUGUGCUGCGACAUCUUCUUGUUCCUACACAAUCCGCAGGCGCGGUUCCAAAAGCCCGACAUGGACGGCACUAUGCAGGUAAUUCAGCCCUCAGAGGACGACAUGGUGCGGCGCGUGCAGGCGCUCGAGGAGCGCUUCGUCAAGAACGCCGACCCGAACUUCUAUCCAUCCGCACUAGCUUCUCACACAGUUCGCUUAAUCAUUCUCAUCUUUUGGUUGUCACUUCAGUACCCCUUCCAGGUACGGCAACAGCACGCCCCCUUUGGCACGGGAGGGCCACACGGCUCUUCGGCAGCAGGAGGCAGGCCACGGGGCCGUGUCUCGCGAGAACAUGUGCUUCAAACAGCCGUAGCCAUCAUGGAGCUGCAACAGCGCGGCAAGGACGGUCCUUUUGCAGAGCGGUUUGGGUGGUGGACAGAGAACUACCCGCAGUGGCAUCCGCUUGCUGUGGCUCUUGCAGAGCUGUGCAGCCAGACUUCAGGCCCGUUGGUCGAUAGGGCAUGGGCAGUCAUUGACAGCGUCGUCGGCCAGUGGAGCGACCAGAUCGCAGACACGAAGGCAGGCACCCUAUUACGGCCUAUCAAGAAGUUGCUGAAAAAGGCCAGGGCCGCGCGUGCCCAGGCGCAGCUGAGCCAGCUGGACCUAAACAAGGAGCCGACAGAAGCUCCAGCGCAACAGCAGACACCGGCACAAACGCCAGCGGUCGUAAUCGACUUCCCCCCAGCUGAUGUUGGUGGCCCGCUGCCACUGAUGAGGCCGAGCCCGUACGAGGAGGACAGGAACGUCUCACCAAACGACAUCUUCCGGGCUCCUAACGGCCCUUUUGAUUUUGAUUUCAGCUUGGAUAUUGCUGCGACUCAGGAUAUGGAGUUGAUGGAUUGGACAAACUGGAAUGAGUUUGUCACUGAUGCUAAUGACACGUCGGAUACCUUUGUGGGCUUCACUCUGUAA